AUGGGUGAGAAGGUGACUGUGAUGGUGCUGAAGGUUGAUCUCCAAUGUCCUUCCUGCUACAAGAAAAUCAAAAAAAUUCUUUGCAACAUUCCUCAAAUCAGAGGGCAGAUAUAUGAUGACAAGCAAAAUACAGUGACAAUCAAUGUAGUAUGCUGCAGCCCAGAAAAAAUUCGUGACAAAUUGUGUUGCAAAGGUGGAAAGGUCAUCCAGAGUAUUGAAAUAAAAGGGCCCAAAAAAUGUAAAGAGCAAAAGCCCGAAGAAGAGAAGCCCAAAGAAGAGAAGCCCAAAGAAGAGAAGCCCGACAACCCACCUCCACCACCCACACCACCCAUGAAGGAGCGCAUACUAGUCCCACUCUAUCCAUCGGCAAGGACUUGUUGUGGACCAUGUUCAGAAGGUUAUGGUGGGGGUCCAUGCUACCAUGGGUACCCAUAUCCGCUGUCGUGUAACUACAGUUGUUAUGGUUAUUGGUGUAGAGAAGCCAAGUAUCAAGAAGUCACGCCGCUAUGCGGCGCUGAUCUGAGCACCACAUCGGCGUUUACAGCACUGCAACAAUGCUUUGAGAUUGCGAGUUUCUGUUGCUCAACCAAUGUUUGUGUUUGUGUUUCUAUUUCUACUUGUGGUCUGCACGUUUGUUUUCUGAGAGGUGAAGUUGGUGUAAGCAAAAGUGUAGUUUUCCUAAAUUCCACAUCCAUGCAAAAUGGGAAACUUCGUAGCAUCUCAGAUGAAACUGAGAGAAAAUGGAGAAAAGGAACUCGAGGCCACGACAAUGGUCGACAAGAGAAGGCAGGACAUUUUUGGCUUUGCAAGGCGCUUUUUUCUGUGCAUGAAAAGGUAGAGUUGCCGCAGUUGACACACUAUGUUGCCGCCCUCUAA